CGGUUUUCCUUCUCUCCUCUCUUCCAUAUAAAAAGGAAGUUUCCACACAACAAAAUUUGAUUCGAUUUCACUAAAAAUCCCUCAGAAAAUGCGGCUGACGAAUGCCGGUGACAUUCCCGGCGAUGGAGAUCGUCGUGCACCGAAACUUCGGCGAAGAGAUUGUGUGAUUACGGCGGUCGGAGAAGAAGAAGAAGGUUGUAGAACGGUUUGUUAUUCUCCCGCACGUGUGGUGGUUUACCGUUUGCUUGCAAUUGCGAAAAAAUGUAGGAGUGGUGGGAGGAGAGAGAAAGUUCAUGUUCAAGUUCAAGAGAGUACAGUGGAAUUCGAGAACGAUAUUUUGCAUCGGAAGUCUGAUGAUCGGAGAAGAAUUAACGUUUCAGGGCUUGAAAGGCAGGAGAUGACCUUCAAUUUGGCAGCAGGUCUUGGUUUGCUAUCCCUUAUUGCUGCUAGCAAAACAGAACUUGAGAAAACUGUGGAAUUACGUAAACAAAUGGAAAUAUUUUUACAAAGUUUCAAAGAGGAGCACCAUAGCCAAGGCACAACCCCAAAACCAUCUGGUCCUGAAGUUGCAUAUGCUGUCAGCACUACUAUCGAUGGCUGUAGUAAUUACUCUACGGAGGAUCAUGCACCUUCAUUUAGUCAUCAAGAUUUUGGAAACAAUUUUGCUUUUGAUACACACUAUCACAUGCAUCAAAAAGUGGAGUCCGUGGGAGGUAUCAACCAUUUUGAGGAAGAGCUAGCAGCAGAGUUAGAUCGAUUGCAACUUGAUGUAGAAACGGGAGAUUAUACAAAGACUGAAGAAUCCUCUGAAAUUCAAGAGCAGGUUACUGAGAUACCCUCUGAAAACACAGCUAAUGGAAGUGUAAACAUGAGCUCAGGGGAGGUAAUUGAUCCUUGCCAAUAUGUCGACAAUCCCGAGUACUACUGUGGCGUCCCACCUCUUGAACUUGAGAGACGGCUGCACGAAGUUCUCGAAUCAAGACAAGAAGAACGAAUAAAAGAACUUGAAGCUAAUCUAGACCGCAUGAAAAGAAAACUGCAAGAGAAGGAAGUAGAAGUCACUUGGUGGAAAGACACAGCCAAACUUAUCUCCAAACAAGUCCCUGAGUCUUCCCGCGCCUUGAGUUAGUAUCAACAUCAGAGUUUAAGAUGACAGAUGAAUUGGGAUGAAAAUGCAACUUUGGCUUAAUCUAUGCUCAUCAAAGGGAUUUUAGCUGUUUGAAAUCCUUUUUGUUUAUGUAAAUUCUACCUACUGUUUUGGUGCGAUGAUGAGGACUGUUGAUAUGUGCCUUUCUAGUUUUCUACUAGAACUUAUCCAAUAAUGUUUUUUUUUUUUUUUUGGUUAAUUUGGUAAAUUUUGAAAAUCAUUUUGGAAUCUUAUUCUAAAUAUAUGGUCCAAAUUAAUAUAUGCUUCUCGAUCACAUUUUUUUUUGUGAUGGCCUAAAAGGGUUAGAUUCUUUUGCCCCUUGAGGUUGUGAGUUAUAAACUGAUACGUUUUGUGUGGCAUUUCAUGGUUAUGAAAGGGUGCAGAACUUCAACCAUAUUCUUAUCUAAUUUCAGUGUCGAAUAUUCUCCUCUUUCAAGUUAGUGGAAAAUUUUGACUUUUGUAAUUAGACAUGAAGAGGACAGAUUAGAAUUUCUAUUGUCUACUAAUCUACUAUUACUUUUUUUUUAUUAUUAUUAUUUGGGUCUA